GGGGUGAAAAACAACAACUUAUUUUUCCAGAACCCACCUGCGCAGAGUUGUCGUUCCUGUGCCGGUCGUGAGGAUCAAAAUGAAAUGCAAGGCAACAACUUUUUCCGUGACUAUUACGUCGACGCGUGGCUGCAGUACGAAGACGCAUGGGACGAGUUCGAGAAGGAAGUUAUGAAAUGCAAAUAUGUCUGGGUCUGGAAGAUUCUAAACUUGUGAUGCUGUGUCUGGAUUCUAAAAGAAAUUGCAUUGCAUGACCAGCAAGAGGACUCCAGUUUCUGCCACGCGGAGAGGACAUUUCUCGUUCGGUAGAGGCAUCACAAAGCCCUCGAAAGAGCUGUGAUGCUAGAGCAUGCAUCAGAUCAGACAUCAUGCCAUGAUGUCUGCAUAUUCUGAAUGGCCCAUGAUGGGCCAUUCAGAAUAUGCAUGACAAGCCUGGCAAUCUCCCAGACCCAGACAUUUUUGCAUUUGAUAGAAGUGAGUGGCAAACAACAGCAAAUCCGGCUUCUCAGCGACAUCCCGUUUCCGCCCGGACACACGAAUCCGCGGACGUCGCUGCUGACCCGCGCCACGAACCAGAUUUCAGUGAAGGAUGCUUAUUACAAACUGGUGCUCCGGUACCACCCGGACAAGUUUCUGCCGAAGUUUGGACAUCGGGUUUAUUGUGGCGCCCCAAGUGGUCUCCAUCUAAGCGAGGAGGAGGAUAUUAAGACAGGGCGGGACAAUCUGGAAAGAGAAAUUGUG